CAGCCGGCACAUAAAACAUAUAAAACAUUAAACCGACGGACACAGAGAACGACGAGGUGCAUUGCGAACAAUUUUCAACGAAUUUCCCAAAAAGUCUACAAAGAGAAAACCAACAAAAGAAGUUCAUUACAAAAGUAACAAAAAACGGAAACCAUAACACAUUUUGAAAUUUGCUCUGUGAUUUCUAUCAGAAUGGUUUAAUAUAAUCCAAGUAAUAAAAAAUAAUAAUAUUUAAUAACAUAAAGUAUUUAUAAAUAUUGCUAAACAACUGCGCUCGACAAAAACUUAUCGAAUUCCCCCAAAAGAAAAGCUUUAAAUUUAACCUAAAACGUAAAACAAAUAAACAAUUUCUAUAAAUAUUACCAACCAAAGUUUACUAAAGACGAAGAAUCACUAGAUAGAGCGAGCGGCUUAAGCUAGCUGAAAGCCCCAAAAAAAAAAAACGUCAACGAACCUCGAUCAGGACCACAAAGACUCCACCAAAGGAAGGACUCACCCAGACCAGAGCCAUGGACGAGAUGCCCGAUCUGUCGCACCUAACGCCCCAUGAGCGGAUGCAAAUCGAGAAUGUCCUCAUGCGGCAGAAGCAGGAGGAGGAGAAGCAGAACGAGAUCAUGCGGCGAAAACAGGACGAAGUGGUCACGCUGGAAAUGCAAAUCAGGCAACGUUCCGAGCAACAGAAGAAGGCCGGCGUUGAGCUGGAUGCCACCUGUCACAUAUGCCUUAAGACCAAGUUUGCCGACGGUGUUGGCCACAUUUGCCACUACUGCAACAUACGCUGCUGCGCCCGAUGCGGUGGCAAGGUGACGCUUCGCAGCAACAAGGUGAUUUGGGUAUGCAUUCUGUGUCGCAAGAAGCAGGAGCUGUUGUCAAAGACUGGUCAAUGGAUUAACAAGACGGCAGCCCAACAAGAUGGUUUCAUCCGACGCAUCGAGCCGGAUGGGAGUAGCGACAUCUCCCAGCAGGCCAUUGUGGAUCCGCGGGACACCACGGACAAGCGACCCAAGUUGGAAAGAACUCGCAGUGCCGCCGAAAAGGAAAACCUGCCCAUGCAAAGGGCGGGCAGUAUGCUAAGGCGUCAGUACUCGCAACAGGAGCAGCCCACGAACCGCCGGAUGUCGGCCUCGGACAGUGGCAUGGAUCCCAUGAUGAGUCCCGGCCAGCAUCCGCAUCAGCAUCCUCACCAGCAGCAGCAGCAGCAACAGCAGAUGCAGCAUCACCAGCAGCAGAUGCAGCAACAGCAGCGUGCACGCAUGCAGCAGAUGAAUCCGCAGCAGGCACAGCAAGGAUACGGAAUGCAGCAGCAGGGGCAGCAGAGAUCGGGGGGUGGUUAUCCCGAGGAGGAUCCAAGCUACUAUCAGGGCGAGCUGGACGGCCUGAUGAGGCAGCAUCCCCAUCUGGCGCAUCCCAGUCAGGUGCAGCAGCCGCAUGCAUCGCAGUCACAGAUGCAACAUCAACAACAGCAGCACCAGCACCAGCAGUCGCAGCAACAUCUCAUGCAACAGCAGCAGCAGCAUCGACAGUCGCCGCAGCAACAUCCUCAACAGCACUCGCAGCAAUUUGGGGGCAGGCAGCCGCCACAGCAGCAAUCCUACCAGGCGCAGGUGCAUCAUCAGCCGCAGCAGCAGCAUCAUCAGAUGCCCCAGCAUCAGCACCAGCACCAGCAUCAGCAUCAUGGCCAGCAGAUGUCCCAGUCACAGUCCCCGAUGGGGAGUUACCAGAAGCCGCCGCCGCUGACCCGCAACCUGACCAUCAGCGGCGGUCAUGCAAUGGAUACCGGUGCCUAUAGCCAGCAGCAACAGCAGCAGCAACGUCGAGCGUUGGCAGGAUCACAGUACGCCUCGACGCAGCAGAGAUCCUUCAGCAGCUCCGAGGAGGAGUUCCAGCACCAGUUGAUGGCCGCUCAGGCGCAGGCGGCGGGAGCAGGAGCCACGGUUACCGCUGGAUCGGACUAUGAUGGCGGGCGCCUCCAGGUGCGCACCUCUCUGGAUCCGUGGCGCCAGCAGCGGAGCCUCAACGAGCGGGACCUGCUCAGUGUCAGCGGCGGCAGUGGCGGCGGGUCCGCUGACUUCCGCCACCUGUCGCACGCCACCCAGCGGCUGUAUUCCUCGGCGGAUCAAAGGGACCGCUACGAGCUGCAGCUGCAGCAUCGCGAGCGACUGGAGCAGUAUCCUUUGACGCGUACCGCUCGCCUGGACGUCCAGCAGCGCAACUCGCUGAAUCGCAGCAACCACGAUCGACAGUUUUCCGGAGGAGGAGGUGGCGGAGGUGGCCCAGGACUGGGACUGGGACCGGGACCCGGACCGGCGGCAGGUGCGGCAGGUGGUGCUGCUGGCGCCUACCGACGUGCCCCGCCCUUGGCAGCCGCCGGCGGCGGCGGCAGCAGCAGCAGCAGCACCACUAGCAGCAGUUACUACCCACAGUCGAAGCCGCAGAUCGUGAUUGGGCCAGGAUCGGGCUACGAUCGCGGAUCCAUGGCAACGGCAGCCCAUAUGGAGGCCCAGGGUCAGGCGGCGCGGGGCGGCAAUCGCGGCCUGCUGGGCGCCACGCGUGGCGGUAACGGUGGUAGUAGCUCCGUCAGCUCCACGGAAGCAGCCUAUUGGGAUGAGCCGGCCACCAGCUCCUCCUCGUCGGCGGCCCAGGAUUCGCGACGCUUCACCGAGCGCAGAAUAAAGAAAACGGUGCGUUUCGAUGCUCACGAUGAUGAGGCCUCCAUGUUGGCGGCCAGCUCACUGCCCCCCGUGACCGGGAUCCUGCCCUCGACGGCGGUUGAUGUGGGAGCAGCCACCAUAUUGAGCAGUGGCAAGAGCAGCAGUGGCCUGGAUGCCGGAGGAGCUGACUGGACGCGCUGGGAGGCCGAACGGCAGGGCAGCCAGGACUCGGCCACCAAGGAUUCGGGCAUAGAUACCAGCAGCACGUUCACCAGCAGCGAGGAUUCGAAUCGAGGAGAUGGGCCCAAGAAUCCGGUGAAUUGGCAAACAUCCGCGGACAAUACUCGCCUGAUCGGGCAUAUGAUAUUGCGUAAAUACUAUGAUGGGGAGGAUAUAUUAGGCUUAAAGGUCAACGGCGGUCAGCCGCUCCUUGGAACGGCCGGAGGAUCUGCCGGAGGUCCAUGCGGGGCCAUUGUGGAGAAGGUGAAACGCGGAUCGGUGGCCGAUCUCGAGGGCCGUAUACGACCAGGCGACGAGAUCAUCGAGUGGAAUGGCCGCGGGCUGCACAACAAGAGUGCCGACGAGGUGUACGAUAUCAUCGACGAGAGUCGCCUGGAUGCCCAGGUGGAACUGAUCGUAAGCCGGCCAAUUGGCAGCGGUGGCGGUAGCGGUGGCAGCAGCAGCAACGUUAGUCCCAGCAGCGCCUGUUCCGCUUCCGGUGGUUCCGCCAGUAGUGCGCCUCCGCGCCGCUCCUCGGCCAAUUUCCCGCACAGCGGGCUGGCCAGCAGCAUGGCCGGAAGUGCGGUGGUCAGCAGUGGCGGACGAUAUCUACAGCGAAAAGCACCCGCGGUCGAGGCCAUCGAAAUCCAUCGGGAUAAGCCAAGUGUUCUGAUCACCUCGCCCGGCUCACCGGAUAUCCAUACAGGAUCGGCAUCGGGAGCUGGCAGCGGACUCCGGCAACGUGGCGGCGUCGGGCCGACGCAGCGACUGGGACCAAGUCACAGCAGCCACAGCCACAGCAGCAGCGGUAGUGGCAGCGGCAGCAGCACCAGCAGCGCCCACGCCUCCAACUCCGCCCACGGAUCCGUCCACGCUUCCGGCUCCGCCUCGGGCGGUCUGCACGGCGCCACGACGGCGGGCCACCAUCACCAUCAUUGCCAUCCGCACCAGCAUCCGUUACAGCACCAGGGAUCGCCAGCCGCUCACCUUCAUGGCCACGGGGUGGGCGUCGGCAUGGGCAGUGGCUCCGGUACAACCACACAGCCGAUACCAAUCGAAGGGCGGCUGCAGCUGAAGCUUGGCUAUGACCAGAACACGCUGCAGCUGAUCGUGACCCUGGUCUGUGCCACCGGCCUAUCCCUGCGCCAGAGCGGUGCUGGCCGCAAUCCCUACGCAAAAGUGUUCCUUCUGCCCGACCGAAGCCACAAAUCAAAGCGGCGAACAAAAACGGUGGGCACCACCUGUGAACCCCGAUGGGGUCAGACUUUCCUCUACUCGGGUCUGAGGCGCUGUGAUCUCAAUGGUCGUCUGCUCGAGGUAACGCUUUGGGAUUAUGUGCGGUAUGGUGCCAACGACUUCAUCGGCGAGGUGGUCAUCGAUCUGGCACAUCACAUCCUGGAUGACGAGGCCGAGUGGUAUCAACUGCAACCUCACCAGGAUACCUCCUAUCUCUUACGUGACGAGGGCAGCGAUGUGGACGGCCUGAUACUGACACCGACAGAUCAUUUAUCACCGCCGAGCACCAUGUCGCGUCUGAGCGACUCGGACACAACGUCCGACUGCGACAUCGAUGGAAUGACGCCCGGGGCCAGCAUCUCGUCGAUGGGCAGCUCGGCCAGCCCACCGCCCCUGCUAGAGCUCGAUCUAAACGAGCGGCGGUCUCGACGUGACAUGUCGCCCCAGGGCCGCAAACGAGUGGCCGGAAUGGUGGCCCGCGACUACCGCACUGUAUCUGGCAUUGGACAAAGUUACCACAAUCAGGCCUCUGCCACCGGUUACUAUCGUCGCGGAGGCGGUAAUGGUGUCGGCUCGGCCAUCGGUCCUGGUGGCAUGAGCCUUAGCCAGCGAAGCCAUUCAGCGGCACCCAGCGACGGUUAUCACACCAGCGGAGGAGGAGGAGGAGGAGCGGGCGGAGUUCCAUCCGGUGGAUCGGGCUACGGUUAUAGGAGCACCAGUCCCCGACGGGGCUCUCUCUCGCCGCCAGACGAUCGCUACAUAGACUAUCCAGUGCUUCCAGUUCCAUCGGCCUACCAAGGUCCGGGUGGUGCCACCUCGGCGGCAUCGGCUGCCUCGCAGCAGCAGAGAUUCCAGUCGCGUUCGGCCACAGCCACGCCCACAGGCUCGCCCAAGAAGAGGCAACUGCCACAGGUGCCGCAAACCUCACGCAGCGCCAUGCUGCGGGAUCGUCUUGGACAGGACUUUGACGAGCGACUGGCCUCCGGUGGUCGCUUUGGGCGGCAUCGCACACGGCAGCCGCACCACCAGGCCACAUACCGCAGCACCGGCAUGGGUGGUUGGGAGCGACACUACACUGGACUCUCCGACAGCGACCUGCACUCGAUGGAUGCGCGCAUGCGUCCGCGUCACUCGCUGUCCCCGGACAAGGACUUCAUGGGCGAGUUCGGUGACUCGGACAUGGAGUCGGUGGUCAGUGUAACCUCCAGCGCCUUCUCCACGCAGUCGGAGCGACCGCGCACUUCGCGCGGACUCAGCUUCCCCCGCAACUGGCGCAAUCUCUUUGGCGUUCGCAACAGCUUCCUCAGCGGCGCCGCAGGUGAACCGAUCACCGGACUUCGACUGCAUCAUUCAGAGCCCGGCAGGGCCAAUACCAUCGAGGUAGACGACUGCGACUAUCUGCCAUCUGGUGGUGCCCAGCAAAUGGUACUCCUGGAACAGUUGGAGCAACUGCAGCAAUUGGCUGCCCUAGCGGCUGCAGAUUCACCGCCGAUCUCCGCCGGCGGCAUGGGAAUGGGCAUGACCCCGCAUCAAGUGCUGGUGACCGAUGCCAACAGUGGCCAGCUGGUGGAGCAGUUCUUCGUGGAACCCGGCACCGUGGCCGAGGAGACGCUGGCGCCUCUCGAUCCACUCGAUCCCCAUGCGCAUCUACAUCCUCACUCCGCCUACUACUCAACCCAUUUGCUACCACCGCCAUUUGCCAUCGACAUGGACAUGUUUCCACCACGACGGCCUAACGGACAGAAACCGAACGUACAAGCCACCGCCGCCUAUCCGCUGCCGCUGCUGCCGAGCUUUGAGCAAUUCAAGCGCAUUACCACGCCCAUCACGAAUCUCUUCCGCAGCUCCUCACCCUCGGGCGCCCAUGCCCACGACCAUGUCACCUCAGGGGUAACAGCCUCGCCCAGCUCGCUGGUGGGCUAUGUACGUGAUCACCUGGACAAGAGCUGCAGCCACUGCCAGAAUGGGAGUCAGCCGGUGGUGCUAUCCACGCAUCAUACCCUUCACCUGGCCACCGCUGGCCUAGCAAUCGGUGCCUGUCCCGAUCCCUGCUGCCUUGCGGACGCUCAUCCCCACCCCCAGCACCAACCCAUGGGCUAUCCCUAUGUCGGAGCCAGUGGUGAGCCACCCUCAACGGAUCCCGCGAUGUGCGGAGAGUGCGUGGACCAGCACUUCUUGGGCGGGCUGACGGGACCGCAGAUGAAUCUGGGCGUAGUGCCCACCUACCAUGUGCACACGCCGACACCCAAUGCUCAUCGGAGGGCCAGGGGACAAAUGGCGACGCCGCCACCGCCACCCACUCAGUCAGUGCUGCGUCUUUCCCGACAGCUAAGCGAAGAUGCCUUGGUGUCCGCCGUUCCCAUCUCAGAGGCCAAGGCGCAACCCACUUCCAUCCUGAAGAAGCCGAAACUGGAGCGUAGACGGCUCUUCCACGAGGGUCAGUCACGAUCCCUGGACUACGAUGAUCUGCACACGAAGAGCUGGGGUCGCCGUCGCAUUCGGUAUGAGGACGAGGUGGUGCCCUCGUCCGCAGACUAUCCCUAUCCGCACCCAAGCUCCUAUGCUCACUCACCCACGUCGGCAAUGUCGCGUCGCUACGGAUCAGAGACAAAUAUCCGCCAGUCGUACAUGGGUGCCAAUGUGGAUGCCAAUAAUCCACUAAGUCACUCCCACUUCCUGGUAACGGACGACAAGAUCGUGACCAUAAUGUAUGACUCAGAUGUGGGCUGGACGCGACGCGGAGUGGCACCGUCCCUCUUCCGUGGGGCGCACCGUCAGCGAGGAUUGGCGGAUGCCAGACAUCACAUGUCACUGGAUUUGCAGCGCACCAGCCAGCAGAAGCUAUAUGGACCGGCGGCGCCGUAUUUAAAGCGUCGCCGGAAUCUGCCACAUCCGCCCAGUGCCCAGAAUGCGCACAACUUCUCGCCCAUGGAGGGCGGACCGGGAUUGGAUGCGGGAGCGGCGGGAAUGGAGCACGGCAACGGAAUGGGUAGCGGUGGUGCACACAACACGAGCAGUACACACAAUAGCAACCAAUACACCAACCAAAACAAUAGCCAAGCGAGUAGUGUUAGUGUUAGCCAAAGUCACAACCAACAACUACAACAAUCAGCUAGGCAAAAAGGGAAAGAAGGCACCGCCGCCGCCAACAGCGGAUCGAUGAUGGCAUCGGAGCAGCUGACGAAAUCUAGUAGUGGGAGCGGUGGUGCCACAUCUGCUGCCGCUGCUGGGCAUCUUGUCGUCGGUGGUACUAAUGCUAAUAAUGCUUCUUCUUCCUCUUUUGCAAAUCCCCAACAACUACCUUCACAACAACAACUACAACAACAACAACAUCAUGGAUCACCCAACCAAAUCAACAACAAUAACAAACGUCUCCCAUCAUCAACAAAUGCAACAACAACAACAACCACACCAACACCACAACAACAAAACAUAAACACUAAUAACAAUGACGUUAACAACUUGACGCUUGACGCCACACACCAACAACCCCCACCACAAAAUACAUGCACAAAUCUUAUCACAAAUACAACAACAACAUUAACAACAACAACAACAACAUCGUCGAAUGCAACGAAUGCGGCGACAACGACUAUUGCACCAACCGAAACAACAAAUGCUACAAAAACUGCCACAAAUCCAACAACAACAACUACAACAAAUAACACGAACGAACCAAACGCAACAACAACAACAACGAACGCAACUGCCGAUGCGGAUGCGGAUCCGGAUGCUCCGCUGGACGUCAUCGACUGGGAUGCCAUCGAUGCCAUGCUGGACGACGAUUUUAGCGAGUACGACAAGGACAAGAACGGUGCCGAUGAGACGGGCGGUGCCAAGUCAACGGACGGCGGUGGAGCCGAGGGCGAAGAGAAAGUCGAUGGCAGCCUCUCGGACACCGCUACGGACCGAAAGAAGGGCGGCACCGUGGAUCAGGAGCGUUCGCCCAAAGGCGGCAGCGGCAUGGGCAAGAAGUCCAACUCCACCUCCCAGCUGUCGGCCACAGGUCGUAAAAGACGUAUGGGCUUUGGAAAGAAGGGUAAGAACUCGUUCACGGUGCAUCGCAGCGAAGAAGUGCUGCCCGGCGAUAUCACGCGGGAGCUGCGCACCGGCGGCGGCGUCGGCGGUAUUGGCGUUGGCGGUGGGCUUAGCGGGGCUGGUGGUGCUAGUGGCACUGCCGGUGGUUCCGGUGGUGCCGGCGGCGGUGGCCUGUCCCGCGGCUCCUCCUCGGAAGCGGACGCCAUUGAGCAGUUUUUCGGCGAUGGCGCCGGCGGGGAAAGAUUCUCCCCCUCGUUACGCAAUGAUGGAGCCCUCAAUGAGUUCGUGGAUGGUCUGGGGCCAGGACAGCUCGUUGGUCGCCAGGUGCUGGGAGCUCCCUCGCUGGGUGACAUCCAGCUGUCGCUGUGCCAUCAAAAGGGCUUUCUGGAAGUGGAGGUCAUCCGGGCUAGAGGGUUGCAGCAAAAACCCGCGUCUAAGAUGCUGCCUGCUCCGUAUGUGAAAGUCUACUUGGUGUCGGGAAAACGCUGUGUGGACAAGAUGAAGACCUCAUCAGCGCGACGUACCCUGGAUCCACUGUACCAACAGCAGCUGGUGUUUAAGCAGUCCUACACAGGAUGCAUACUACAGAUCACCGUGUGGGGCGACUACGGACGCAUCGAGAAGAAAGUGUUUAUGGGCGUGGCACAGAUUAUGCUCGACGAUCUGAAUCUGUCGAACAUUGUGAUCGGCUGGUACAAGCUCUUUGGCACCACCUCACUGGGUCGUCCGAUUGUUUGGGCCGGCGAGUCAGUCAUUAUGGAGGAGCCGGGCGAAUAACAGUUUCCAACACUCUCAACACCAAAACCAACAACCACAACAACGCUUUCUAUUCCAACCAACACAACCACAACAACGAAAACACUUUAGGCACCCAAGCACAAUUCAAUUCAAGCCAACUCGAAACUGAACUGAAUUCAUAACCCUUGGCUGGAGCUGCCAGCCUUGCAGCCAAAUAGCAAAGGACCAAGGUCAGCCUGCAGCAGCGGCUCCCAGGAUGCCGCCCGAUACCCAUUCGGCAUGUUGCUGGCCUAGGCUAAGUCCACAUCUAUUUUUUUUUCUAUUCGCCGGCGGAGGAAAACCUAAAGAUAAAAAAAAGAAAAAAACAAAAACAUUACAAAAAAUUAUGAACUGGAAGGAUAUCUAAUUUUUAUAAGUCAUGAAAACAAAUGCAUUUAAAUGAACCGAGAACAGAGAACACAAGCCGAGCGGUUAAAAUGAUUAAAGAAAACUUUUCGGAUGCGGAUACAAGAUAGAUGUAAUGGAGAUCUAUAUAUAUAUAUAAAUACAUGUACACACAUAUAAAGGAUAACAUUUGACAAAAGGAUACUUGUAAAUUAUGCAUAUUUAAAAUAAUUUUUACUACACACCUAAGAUCACUAUUAUUUGCGUAAUACGAUUACUACGAUUAUUAUAACUUAAAACUAUUAUUGAUAAAAAAGAUACAAAAAAAGCAGUGAAACAAAACAAGAAAAGCAAAAAAAAAAAAGAAAACAAUGAUAAAAUGGAAAAGGUGGAGAAAGUUCAAGUGCUAAUGUCAGUCAUGCCUAAGCCUGAGCCCGAGCAUUGGCGCUUAAGGACAUAAAUUGUUUAUUGAUUAAAUAGCUAAAUCUAAAUCAGUCAAGGGGAGUUAUAGAUUUUCAGUGAGGAAGUUAUUUAAGUAUAUAUAUACAUACAUAUAUAAAUCGAUAUAUAUACAUAAAUAUAUUUAAUGUUUAAGCAAGCAAAGAACCACUAACACUUAAAUAAGCCUAACUUACGAUCGAUGAAACCGAAACCUAAGGUAAAAGCUUAAGUUUAGGUAAUUAAAAAAAGCGAGAUAUGAGAUAUGUACUAAUCGAAUCGAAAAUGAACAAAAUUAUUUACCAAGGACGAGGACGAGGAGAUGAUCAAGUUAAACUUAAUAAUACAGAAUCUGAAACUUAAGCUGUAUAUAGAGAUUCCUCACACGUUGCAUAUACCUACAUACAUACAUACAUACAUACAUGCCACAUCCGGUAAACCGAUAACCAUUAACCGAUACCCGAUUUCCGAUUACCGCCAACCGCUUUUUCGAGUUUAGGCUUUAUAGCUAUUGAUUAUGAUUAGCCUCUACGAACACGACAAAAACUCCGCAGUCACCCCAAAAUGCCUGAGUUUUUGCCGUCAUCGAUGGGGACAUACAUACAUAUAUUAUCUUUGAGGCAGACAUAUAGGAUAUAUAUAAUUUAACUAUGAAUAAAAACUAUACUGCGAUUUUGUUGUAGCUCCACCUACUCGCUUCACUAGAGACGCUAUAGAAUUCAUUUUUACACCUUUGUUCCAAUCAACUUGCCUCGAAACGCAUCAAGUACCUUCAAGUUAAUAGUGUGAGCUGUAAAAAUCGUUACCUGCUUGCCAAAGAUACACGUACACUUACAUUAGCAUAGAUGGAAAUGGGAGGAAUAGUUUGCAAUUUAAUGCAUCUUUUUUUUUGCGAUACGUCGUUCUUUUGCGCAACAUUUUGGAAUGCAUUUCCGGUCUAAAGGAUCACUCUCAGCAAAACAUAUCACAGACAGAUUGACAGAGAACAGAAUUAAAGUAGUUACUUUUAUAUAUACAGAAGGACAUGUAUAUGAGAGACGACACUUAGCUAUUGUUCCUAACCAAUACACAUUAUUUUUCCCUUCACUCAUGGCUACGGAUAUUGAGUUGAACCUUUCCGUCCACUCAUUCAAGUACACACAUCAGCAUCAGCAGCUUUGCAGUUACACACAGUUGGCACACACAUAAGGGGUCAGAGUUAAAUAUUAUAUAUUGACAUGUGCAUAUCCAUCCAAGCAACAGCUUCCUAUAUCAGAAAUAAACAACUAAGAGAUACGUAAGGAAAGGCCAGGACACUGGGAAAAAUGCAUUCAAAAUGUUGCUGCAAAACAACAACUGAACAUCGGACAUCAGAAAGGAAGAGAUAUUUGGGAAGAGUUUAACUACCAGCGAGGUUUCCAGAAACUAAUUAUAUGAUAUAGAAAUCAGAGAAGCAUACACAUGCAUUCAUUAUAGAUAAUCCACCACACUCCUCACGAGCCCCAUACAAACUUUUCUUACUCUAAAAAAUCUCUCUCUAUCUCUACCUUUAAAUUUUUUUCCACUGAUAUACUUAAGCAAUCAUUCCGAUAUGCUUUGAUAAAUCAGAAAACCAGCGAAAGGAUAAACAAAACCACAAACCAACCUUGGCAGGAUCGUAGACGAAAUGCCCUUUUCGAAAGCGAUUGGCUGGUGAAUUUAAUAGCGGAAGGUUAGGAAAAAUUAUAGGAAGCACUUGAGCCUCGGUAAAAACGAGGAUUUUGUAAGGGGCAUUUUCUACCGUAAAGUCAGACAAGAAAUUCUAAUUAGGAUUCCUAUAGAAUUCGUUACAUUUAAGCCACACACCAAAGACAAAAGACAAAGAGACAAAAAACAUAUAGAAAACGUUAAUGACGCAAAUGAUAUAUUAUGGCAAGUUAUUUCAAUGGCAACCAAUACAAAAAACAAAAUGCUAUUUACUAAGUUCAAUCUGAAUGACAGGCUACGUAAUUACACUAUACACACAAGAACAAGAUCAACAAAAAACACGAAAAUAUAUCAUUUAUUGCAAAAUGUUGAACUAAAUUGAUUAAAAGGCGACGGCCAGCGCUCUCGCUGACUUAUAUUGUAUUUUAAUAUCUCGACAACAAUCGAAGGUCGAGAAACGACAAUAAACUGUGAAAAAAAUAUGUAAAAAAUCAAACAAAACCAAAAAUUAAAAAUACAAACU